AUGAUGUGUCACACAAGAGAGCAAAGGAAUAACAAUAGAAGGAAGAAAGUUUUAGUUUUGAGAAAGCUCUUUUCUAUGGUACAUUAUUGCAAUAGUAAUAAUAGUUCGGUAAGUGGACAAAUAAUCUCUGGAAAACACUCCAAAUUAUCUUCAAUACCUGGCAGAAGUCUGGCCAAGAAGAAUCGCAUAUGCCAACAUGUUUUUUCUUUUGUAAUAACCUAUGCCAAAACUUUUGGCGUGGUAAUGCUGGAUUCGCAAGAAGUAUUGGCUGCAAUUGUAGUAAAACUAGCAAAGUCAUCUAAACUGGCAAUUGCAAUGCCAUCUCACAAAGUCCUGGGUCAGUGUCUAAGAGGGUUUUUGUUGCAAAAUCUAUACAUGGAUUCAUCCAAGAAAUAUCGAGUGGUAUGUCAGAAGGACCUGAAUUUUCAUUUGCCUCGUCAGUAUCACAACUUUCAGCAGCAACAGCAGCACACUCUGAAUGAUAAAGUCUUCUACAGGUGA